GGGCAGACCGCAUCGUCAGUCGCCGGAAGUGCUGUGUCCGAGCAGGGGUGCGAGAGGAGCUGCCGAGGCUCGGCAGCAGCUGGGCCACUCUGGAAGGUGAGCUACUGCUCCUUCCCGAGGGCCUGGUCCACGGUCUCUGCCUCGGCCGAACAUGGACUUCAGAGAAAUUCUCCUGAUAGCGUCCAAGGGACAGGGAGUUAACAAUGUGCCGAAAAGGUACAGUUUGGCAGUGGGACCUCCCAAGAAAGAUCCGAAGGUUAAAGGAGUUCAAUCAGAAGCUGUACAAGCUUUUCUUCGGAGGAAAGAAGAAGAACUCAGACGAAAAGCCUUAGAAGAGAAAAGGAGAAAAGAAGAGCUAUUGAAAAAACGAAUUGAGCUCAAGCAUGAUAAAAAAGCCAGAGCAAUGGCUAAGAGGACAAAGGAUAAUUUCCAUGGUUACAAUGGGAUUCCUGUUGAGGAAAAGUCAAAGAAGAGACAGGCAGUGGAAAACCACACCACCCAGGCAACAGAGCAAGACUAUGAGAUGGAAGAAGAGGACGAAUUCUUAGAAUACAAUCAAACAGAGCCAGAUCAGGAGUUUGAGGAAGAUCAAGAGCCUCCCAGAGUUGAAAGCAAGCCAAAGGCCACCCUUAAAAGUGCCCCACCACCACCCAUGAACUUCACUGAUCUACUCAGGCUCGCUGAGAAAAAGCAGUUUGAACCAGUAGAGAUCAAGAUCAUCAAGAAAGUGGAAGAGCGACCUAUGACUGCAGAAGAACUUAGGGAACGAGAAUUUCUAGAACGAAAGCGUAUGAAAAAGAAACCUGAAACAGAUGCAAAACUACCUCCAACUGUGUCCAGAAAGGCACCUUUACAGAAAGAAAGUGUGAGCACAAAACUUAGCAAAAGUUCUGCGGACAGGCAUACUCCUUCUAAAGGCUUUCCCCUUCCUCAUACUGAGAAGAAAUCCAGACCCAGCAUGGCCAGUGAGAAACACUUAGCUAUGUCUUCAUCCAAAUCCGAGCCAGCAGAGAGGACCAAGACAGGAUCUGGCAAUAUCUCCCAGCCCUCAGCUCGCGAAGGCCACAACAGACCUGUUUUCAAUGGGGCUGGAAAGUCCCACUCCAGCACAUACUCACCAAGUGUCCCAAAGACUUCUGCCAGUGGGACUCAGAAGCCUGCUAUUGAGCACAAAACCAAAAAACCUCCUUCCCUUCCUAGCCAUUCCAAACCUGGAUCCAUGGCCUCCCCAUCCAGUAAGGUCAAGAGUCCAGGUGUCAAGCAGUCAGGAAGCAGCUCUAGUUCAGUCCCUGGGCGACCCAGUACAGGGACUCCUCGGCCCACAGUCAGUCCCGGCCCUGUGCCCAGGCGCCAGAAUGGCAGCUCCAGCUCAGGACCUGAACAACCAGUCAGUGGGACCAAAAAGCCAACCAGUGACUCAAAGCCCUCUGGGCUGCCUGCCAGUAGCACAGGUGGCCCCAGACGGCCUACAAACACCACAAAUGGCCCUGGGCGACCCCUCAGUGGCUCCAGCAAUGCUGGUAGACCUAUCGUCAAUUCUGGAGGCCCUGGGCGGCCAGUCAGUGGCUCAGGCACUCCUGGGCGAGCAGCUGGUGGCCCUCGAAGGUCCAUAAAUAGCUCAGUUCCAACUGGACGGCCUGUCAGUAGUUCAGGCCCUGGGAGACCUGCAAGCAGCCCGGCACCUGGACGGACAGUCGGUGGUUCAGGUCCUGGAAGACCAGCAAGCAGCCUGGCACCUGGACGGACAGUCGGUGGUUCAGGUCCCCCUGGAAAACCUAAGUGCACUGUUGUCUCGGAAACAAUUUCUUCGAAGAAUAUCAUUAGCCGUCCCAUCAAUGGACAGAUGAGUGGAAUGAAGCCACCCUUGUCUGGCUACAGAGCUGCUCAAGGUCCUCAGAGAUUUCCUUUUCCUGCUGGUUAUAAGCGGCAGCGAGAAUAUGAGGAGGAAGAUGAUGAUGAUGAUGAAUAUGACUCUGAAAUGGAAGAUUUUAUUGAAGAUGAAGGAGAACCUCAGGAAGAUAUAUCGAAGCACAUUCGAGAAAUCUUUGGCUAUGACCGAAAAAAAUACAAAGAUGAAAGUGAUUAUGCCUUACGUUACAUGGAAAGCAGUUGGAAAGAGCAACAGAAGGAAGAAGCAAAAAGCUUACGACUGGGUAUGCAAGAAGACUUGGAAGAAAUGAGACGUGAAGAGGAAGAAAUGAAACGUCGAAAGGCCAAGAAACUGAAGAGGCGCUGACUGCUGCUUUUAUGAGAUUCUGGGGACACUGCUGCAAGAAUUUCCUGCCCCCUUACCAUUUUAGAUUUAUAUUUGGGUACUCAAGGAGAAGGAAUGCUUAUAAUCCUUGGAGCAGAAAGUACUUUUAAAGACUUUCCAGGGUUAAAUCUGUAAUGCAGAUGACACUGCCCGCUAUGUGCUCUUCGGAAGCUGACUGUUUGCAGAUGCCAGCCUUGGUCCUGAUAAGCUAUGCACUCUGUGGGGUCACUCUGCAGUCCUCCAGUCAUUUAUGUUCCUUUGCUACUUUAAAAGGAAAAAGAAAGGAGGAAGAAAAUGGGUUUGCCUCUUCUCUAGUUCUGCUCAUAUGAGAGUGGGACACUGCCCAGCUCCCAGACUUACUGGCCUUUCCAUGAAUGUUGCCAGCAAUAAAAUGGCCUGUCCUAAUCUAUGUGUUUAGAUUAAGAACUUGAAAAUGUAGGGUAGGCUUUUUAAUUAUCAUAUUGAUGAAAUCCUUGUUACUCUAAAGUACAAAGAAGAAUAAAUUAUAUUAUCUGCACUACUCAAUGAAUUGGAUGCUGAGCAUUCUUAUUAAUUUAGGUAAUUGAGCAGCUAACAGAAAAAUUUCCAAGUUAAAAUACAAGAAUAUUCUCCCAGUUUUCCUUUCAGAUUUACUGUUUUGUUUGAUUUCAUGGAAUAAACAAGAUCACUGUGCUGACUGAUUUUUACCUAAGAAUUUUUCAUUUUUGCAUUGAAAAGUUAUUGUAUUCAGACAUUAAAUUAGGAAGAGUAAUAGAUUCAAACAGGAAGUGACAUGUGAGGCUCCCCACCUCCCUAACUUACAUACAUAUUUUGGAAUCCUGAGGUGCCCCCUACCUCUUGAUGGUAAUGACUUUACAUCUUUAGUUUAAAAUCCUUAGCAAAUAUUAAUGGCAGAAACCAAAAUUGCAAUUCAUGUGUAUCAAAAGCACCAACUUCUCUUUUUGCCCAUAUUGCACUUUUAAUUCAAACUAUGCACUGUGAAGAGAUUUUUCCCCUGUGGGUAGAAAAGAGGACGUUCCGUGUUCCUAUUGUUUUACUGGGCUGUGGAACUCUUCAUUUUCACCCUUUUAAAAGUCAUAUUUUUUGACUUGAUACCACUUAAGCCUCUAAGUCCAAGCAAUUCCCAUCGGGUUGACCUAGGAUCUGGCUGGAAGGAGGCAAAAGUCUCCAGGAUCAGCAACAGAAGAUGAGACAUGCUGAUGCUAAAGAGCUUUUAUCCUUAACUGUGGAGGGUGGAAGCAGUUGGAAUUAAAAUGAUAGGGCAGUUCUAUAGUAAAUGUUCUGGCUAUCUGAAGCCACUGGGCAAUAGGGACAGGAAUAAUAGUAAGGGUUGUUCUACAAAGAAUCCUUACUCUUCAACAGGUCCAAAUGUGCUUUGUGUGUUCCUUUUUGUCUAUGAGAUAUUUAUUUUUCAAGUAUGGGUGUUACAGACUUUGUCAGUCUCCUUUAAUGGGACCAUGUCAUCCAAAACUUUAAUGCUGACUUAGAAUGAGUUGAGUUUCAAACUUUGGAACUCGGGAUUUUACAGUUAAAUUCCAUGAAAACUGUCUUCAUUAUUGGGAGCAAUACCCUUUUUCUGCUCUCCACAUGGAACUGUCACACUAGUAGCUGAAGAUCCCGUUGGUUUUCUCUUACUCAUAUGAAUUAUCUUCAAUGAAAUUAAGGGCAGUGUAAAUAUUCCAUGUAAUAAAAUAGGUUUAGAACAUUAUUUCUUUUGCCAUUACAUGCUUCUAAAAGUUUUGUUUCCCUUCACUCUUCAGACUCUGCAAUCUAAUUAAAACCAAAUUCUUGUCAGAGCUGAAAGCUUUCCAGUGGCAUCAACUUUGUGGUAAUGGUGCAGUUAUUUCUAGAGAAAGGCACCAUCAUACUAGGUUAAAGUUCUAGAACUUAGUAGGAAGAAUCAGGUUAUAAACCUUGUGUAUCUAUUGUAUACACAUAAUAAAACGAUGAGUUGAUUCUUUUUUUUUUAAGUUUUUAAGGGUCUUGGCCUUGUUUUCAAAUCCUGUCUUCCAUUUUGUUCUGUACUUUCUGGUAUUGGCAGUUAUUGGAUCAAGGUUUACAAAUUAAGUGCUUAAUUUUUCAUGUAUUCAUGUUUUGACUUUGAGAUUUUCUUAAUAUUUGAAGAUGUGCCUUUUAUUGGGUAAUGUUAAUUCAUGAAUGUAGUAAUGUUAUCUCAAGAUUGUAAUAAUGUUACAUGAUCAUAGGUGUGGCAUUCUCAACAUAAAUGAUGUAAACAGAAAGUAGUUUUCAUAAAACUGCUACGGCUCUUAUUGCACUGUCCCACUUGCCUUUGAUGUUGCUAUGUCAAAGCAAAGGGCACUUUAAGGCUACUUUCAGAACUUGUCUUUGUAUUUUCUCUAAACUAUAAAUGCAAUUAAUGUCCAUUUGGAGGCCAGGGUACCACAUGUCACAGGGAGCCUUACGUGUGUGCCAUGAGAAGGUUCAAAGACUGUUAAGAGUAAAGUCUAAGGGAACUCAAAAUUUCAUUUUCUAAUGGUAAUUUCCCCCAAGAUUUUCUCCAAAAAAAAGAAUUGUUUUGUAUUUUGUAACUUAAAAGCAGCUAUUAGUACAUUUCUGAGAUAUAGCAGGAGACCAAAACAUUUUUGGGAAGAGAAUAAAUAUAUGAAGAGAGAGACUGGUUGUUUUAUUUUCAAUGUGCUGAAUAUAUUAGACUAUUUAUUUUGUGAAUGAAUGUGAUGAAAUAAAUAUUCAGGUGUUUAGUGUAUGCCAAGAGUGCGAUAUAGAUUUCUUUGGAGUUACUUAAUCCAUCAUGUCUUUUACAUAAUGGACAAAAAAAAACAACUUUUACAUAGCUUAGCCUGUUUUCUGGUGCUGUUGAUCUGCAAGAGAAAAUACUUUUGCAUAUAUACAGGUGAAAGUUUUUCAAUUUAUGUAUACAUGACAAUGUAGGCAUUAAAGAUAUUUUAUUGAU